AGCCAGUUUCUUUCCUCGCCUCCUCUAGACCAAGUUUUUGUGAAAGAACCAUACGUUUGAGUUUGUUCAUUGUUUUAUUUUGAGAAAAGUGCAAGGAUAUAAACAAUAUACUAGUUCAUAAUGUUAAAUUUUUUUCCAGCGCAUCCAUUUUAUGGCUGUGGCCUACCAUAGACACUAGGCUAUUAUUAGUGGGGCUUUACCGAAACUACUGAAGACUACUGAUCAUCCCAGUUAAUCUUGAUCUACUAGAACAACUCAACUUAAAUCCUAGCCUAAGCACCACGUCACAACAUGUUGUGUUUUCUUAUUGCUUUGACUGACUGAAAUGGCAGAGGUUUUCAGCACAAUUUUUCUGUUCUGCAUGUUACUAUGUGUUCUUCUAACACACCAAGGAUUCCAAAACAUUGUUACUAAAAAACCUAACUUCAUCAUAAUAUUAGCGGAUGAUAUAGGCUGGGGUGAUCUAGAUAUAAACUUAAGUCCUGAGAUCAGGAGGAAUAACACACCCUACUUAAACUUGAUGGCCCAGCAGGGACGCAGAUUCACAGAUUUUCACUCUCCAGCCUCCACCUGUUCUCCAUCUCGAGCGGCCGUCUUGACAGGGCGCUAUGGCCUGAGAAAUGGUGUGACCCACAACUUUGGAGUGAACUCUGUAGCAGGCCUGCCUUUGUCUGAGGUCACCUUUCCCCAGCUACUCCAAGCAGCUGGAUAUCAUACGGCCAUGAUUGGCAAGUGGCAUCUGGGUCAUAAUGGACCCUACAGCCCUACCAACAGAGGGUUCACCAACUAUUUAGGCAUUCCUUACAGCAAUGACAUGGGUUGCACAGACACACCUGGAUAUGAUCUUCCACAGUGCCUCCCUUGUGACUCACCAGGGCCUCAGGGCAUCAGACUCCGGAGAAGUGAACGUAGGAGCUGUUACUCCAAAGUCGCGCUCCCUCUGAUGGAAAACAACAGCAUUGUGGAACAACCUCUCGACCUCUGGACACUCACAGAAACAUACAAGUCAGCUGCACUGAAGAUUAUAAAUAAUGCAAGGGAGAAUGGGCAGCCCUAUCUGCUGUAUUUAGCUUUGGCACAUAUGCACGUUCCACUGGCCCCACGCCUCAGUCCACCCCUCACCUUUGACCAUUCAGUAUAUGCUGCCAGCCUGCAGGAGAUGGACAGCCUGGUGGGGGUGCUAAAGAGUGCUGUGGAGGAUUCAGACACCCUAAUUUGGUUUACAGGUGACAAUGGGCCAUGGGAACAGAAGUGUCAAUAUGCCGGGAGUGUGGGACCAUUCACAGGGAAGUGGCAGGUUAACAAAGGUGGAGGUUCAGCCAAGCAAACUACGUGGGAGGGAGGUCAUAGAGUGCCAACUGUGGCUUACUGGCCUGGCAGGAUUCCUCCAAACACCACCAGCUCUGCCCUAUUGAGUGGCAUGGAUAUUUUCUCCACUGUGCUGGCGCUGGCUGGAGUGACGCCUCCUUCAGACAGACGUUACGAUGGGUUAGAUGCCACUGAUAUCCUUUUGAAUGGGGAGCUGACCGGUCAUGAGUUCUUGUUCCACCCAAACAGUGGUGCAGCAGGCCAGUAUGGAGAUCUGCAAACUGCUCGCUGUGGAAAAUACAAAGCCUUUUUUAUUACAGGGGCAGCAGAAGCAUGUGGUGGGUCGACAGGAAGUGAAGAGCUCCAUGACCCCCCUUUAAUAUUUGACCUGGAAGCAGAUGAAGCAGAGGAACGCCCAUUAGAUCCCCAGACACCUGAAUAUCGUGAGGUGGCAGACAGGAUGGCCCGUGGGAGAGAGGAGCUGCUCUGGGACAUAGCCACUGACAGGUCUGUGUCUGCAGCAGACUACAGCAGAGACAGCACUGCUGCACCCUGUUGCGACCCCACACAGCCUGUCUGUCGCUGUCACACAAGAGGCUUGUCUGUGUAACGAAAUAUUGAUUUGGGAAUUGGAACUGAAAGUCCGAAUGUGAUUAGACAUUUACCAGCAUAGUAAACAUAAAAGUAACUGUUAUGUACAAUUUUUAAUGAUCAUAUCCUGUAAGUAUUUUCAGUCACCUAGAUUAUCGCAAUUAAAACCAUGCUAAACAAUUGAACAA